GGUCUGUUGCAGGCAGGAGAAGGCGUGACCUGAAUGGAGAAUGCCAGCCAACUCCCCAGACACACACAGGGCUCUCAGAACAAAGAUAAGACAAAGAGUGGAGCCCAGGAGAGCCAGUCCCAGAACUGACACCGGGAAAGAGAGCCUGCAAAAAUAAAGCAGGGGCUGGACUCUAAAGCUCCCAAGAGCAGCCAAGGCAGAAUCAUGAGGGCCUUCCUGCUCUGCUGCUCCCUGUACGUGUGUCUGCUCAGAGCGGCCGCCAACAUCGUGGAACUGAACGACAUGUUCGGGGAGAUCCAGUCGCCCAACUUCCCCGACUCCUAUCCCAGUGACUCCGAAGUGACCUGGAACAUCACAGUGCCUGAGGGGUUCAGGAUCAAGCUGUACUUCAUGCACUUUGACCUGGAAUCCUCCUACCUCUGUGAAUAUGACUAUGUGAAGGUAGAAGCCGAGGACCAGGUGCUGGCUCUUUUUUGUGGGAGGGAGACCACGGACACAGAGCAGGCCCCUGGCCAGCAGGUGGUCCUGUCCCCUGGCCCCUUCAUGGCCCUCACUUUCCGAUCAGAUUUCUCCAACGAGGAACGCUUCACCGGCUUUGACGCCCAUUACAUGGCAGUGGAUGUGGACGAGUGUACGGAGAAGAGCGACGAGGAGCUGGCAUGUGAUCAUUACUGCCACAACUACAUCGGGGGCUACUACUGCUCCUGCCGCAUCGGCUACAUCCUCCACACGGACAACAGGACCUGCAGAGUGGAGUGCAGCGACAACGUCUUCACCCAGAGGACCGGGGUGAUCACCAGCGCCGACUUCCCUGGGCCCUACCCCAAGAGCUCCGACUGCCUCUACAGGAUCGAGCUGGAGGACGGCUUUGCCAUCACGCUCCUGUUUGAGGAGAGCUUUGACGUCGAGGACCACCCCGAGGUGUCCUGCCCCUAUGAUUACAUCAAGAUUAAGGCUGGGCAGAAAGAGUUUGGCCCUUACUGUGGAGAGAAAUCCCCGGGACGCAUCGACACCCAGAGCAACAGUGUCCAGAUUUUGUUCCACAGCGACAACUCGGGGGAGAACGGAGGCUGGAGGCUUUCCUACACAUCCACAGGAAACCCAUGCCCCGGCUUGCAGCCUCCUGCGAAUGGGAAACUUGAUCCCUUACAGGCUAAAUAUACCUUCAAAGACCAAGUGCUCAUCAUCUGUGACCUAGGCUACAAAGUAAUCAAGGACAACCUGGAGAUGGACACGUUCCAGAUUGAGUGUCUGAAAGAUGGAACAUGGAGUAACAAGAUCCCGCCCUGUAAAAUUGUAGACUGCAGCACCCCCACAGAGCUGGAGCACGGGCACGUCACCUUUGCCACCAGGAACAACCUCACCACCUACAAAUCCCAGGUCCACUACUCCUGCCAGAAGCCCUAUUACACGCUGUUUCCCAACGUCACAGGCACGUACACCUGCGAGGCCCAAGGGGUCUGGAUGCACAGAGAGCUGGGGAGGAAGCUGCCCACUUGUCUCCCAGUGUGUGGAAGGCCCAAGUUCUCCAACCAGCUGCUGUCCAGGACAGUCAGUGGGCGCCCGGCCCAGAGGGGGACCUCCCCGUGGAUCGCCAUGCUGCUCACGGAUGGGCGACCGUUCUGUGGGGGUGCUCUCCUAGGAAACAGGUGGAUCGUGACGGCCGCCCACUGCCUGCACCAGCCCCUGGAGUUCGAGAGCGCCCCGCUGACCAGCGCCGACCACCUCCCUCUCGCUGACAUCAGAGUCAUCCUGGGCAAGCACAUGACCCAAAAGAAGGACGCCACAGAGCAGCAGUUCCGGGCAAAGAGCGUCACCUUCCAUCCAUCCUACAAGGCGGCCACCUUGGAGAACGACCUGGCUCUCAUAGAGCUUCUGGAAGAGCCAGUGCUGAAUGACUAUGUGAUGCCCAUCUGCCUCCCGGAGGAGCCCCCCCAGGAAGGUACCAUGGUUCUCGUGAGUGGCUGGGGGAAGCAGCCCCUGAAUAGGCUCCCUGAGUUCCUGAUGGAGAUUGAGGUGCCCAUAGUCAGCCGGGAAGUCUGCCAGAAGGCGUACAGCAACAUCCAUCGGAGAGUCACCGGUGACAUGGUUUGUGCCGGAGAAAGGGAGGGAGGGAAAGACGCCUGUAGUGGGGACUCUGGAGGCCCUAUGGUGACCCGCGACAAGGAGCGCUCCCGCUGGUACUUGGUGGGCACCGUGUCCUGGGGAGACGGCUGUGGCAAGAGUAACAGGUACGGCGUGUACUCCAGCGUCCACGAGAACCGGGCCUGGAUUCAGGAAGUCACCAGAGUCCAGAACUAGACCCCUGCCCGUGACCAGCAGCGCAGGGAGGGCGCCAGAAGCUGGCCCGUCGCCCGGCCUCCCCUCCCCAGAAGAAGCCAUGAUAGACUGGGCGGUGUUUGCCCCUCUGCCCAGCUGCUGACCAUGACCACGGAGUCUUUGGCAUCCAUAUGGUGGGCGGGGGGAUGACUGUCAGUGUUUCCUUCUCUGUCCUUUUCCUCCUAUACCCACUCGGCAGCAGCAACAUUGUGACUUUAAAAAAAAGGACCUGAUGUCCUAAGAUUAAGGACAUUCUCACCUCAUCUUGGGAGAAUCCAUUAUGUCCAGAACAUUUAUCUAAAGUCCAGUCUGUUCCAAAUAGCUCGAAAUAAGCCGGUUAAGUGGAAUUCAAGGAUUAGAAUUCAUUACCUUGAUAUGUCUGGGUAUGACAUAAAAGCCAUGCUCUACCCUCAGGAAGCUCCCCUGCUGGCCAAGCAAGAAUGACUUGGGUGGGAGCCAUAUGGGAGAGGCUCCCAAGCAGCUCUGGGUAGCGGCUCAGGGUCAGUGGCUCCCAAGGAACUCUGGGUAGUGGCUCAGGGUCAGUGGCUCCCAAGCAGCUCCGGGUAGCGGAUCAGGGACAGUGGCUCCCAAGGAGCUCUGGGUAGCGGCUUGGGGUCAGUGGCUCCCAAGGAGCUCGGGGUCAGUGGCUCUGGGUCAGUGGCUCCCAAUCCCGGCUCUGCCUGAACUGGACACAUGUUCUGGGACCAUCCGAUUUACUCCUCGGCCCCUGCCCUUCUGGGUGUGCGUUCCUAUGAAGGGAGAUGCUUCCACCUACCCAGGCAGUGUCCGCACCUCGGACAUGCCGUGUUAGAGCCACACCAGACCCCCGCAGGAAGGUGCCCGGGAGCCCGCUGGCAGAAAGUUUGUGAACCGCAUCAUGACAGUCAAAUGUUCCCACUCAUUUUCCCCUUUCAGACACAGCUUCCUAGCAGGAGGGGGGAGAUUUAACCUAGUAAGGCUAGGUGGGGAAAUAACUCGGAGAGAUUGGAGUUCCUUAUCCUUUCCAAGACAUCCCAACACCUGGGACGUUCACUUCGGAGGCAGAGGAGCUGAUUCCACCAUUCGAGCUCACACCGCUUUGCAAAAGUCACUCAACGCUCUCCGAAGCUCAGUUUUCUCAUCUGCAAAAUGAGCAUCUUGGAUCAGAAUGGCUUUAAGUCCUCUCCGACACUCCAGAGACUUGCUGACGACCAGUCUCAGGUGUUGCUCUCCUUUCCAGCCAGGCAGUCCACACCCCGCUACAGUCUCCAUCGUCCAUCAUUACGGGCUCAGUCCCCGUGAUCUCCACUUUGUCCUGGAUGGUCCUAAAAGGUCCAUCCUGGGAACAUCGGCUUCCCCUCCCCUUCUCUCCCUAGGAGCUCCCGCUAUUCUCUGGCAUGGAUUCGGAACGUUCUCAGAUUUCAGAACAACCAAGAUAAAAGCAUAAAGGAGGCGGGAAGAGGGCUCCUGAGUCCCUAAGACCAAGUAGGGGCAGAGCAGGAGGAGGCUGUUUCCUCACUGGGAGUUCUCUCCAAAAGGGAGCCUCAUAUCUGGGCACACAAUCCUCCAAACCAUCAUGAACCAAACUGCUAUUGACGUCAUUAUUUUGAGAGAGACAGAGACAGUGACAGAGAGACAGAGAUAGAGAGGGAGACAGUGACAGAGAGACAGAGACAGAGAGGGAGACAGAGACAGACAGAGACAGAGACAGAGAGACAGAGAGAGAGACAGAGAGAGCCAGUUCUGAAGCUGAGUUCAUGGCGCAGAAUUUCACACCUCAGCUCUACCUCACUCUAACUCUGUCCAAGGUGCUGCCUCUUUUUUGCCCCCAGGGCCCAGAUUCAAUUUGUAAUCUGAGCUUGUCCCAGAUCCUUUCCAUGCUUCAAUCCCCUGGGGCACGGUACUCCAAAGCAGGCGUGGCCUUGAAGCUGGCUCAAGGACCCCCACAAGCCCCUCCCCGGGGCUGGGAUGUGGAGCCCCCCCCUCACCUCUUCUCUGAGGCCAUGGGAACAUUCACUCCUUGGCCACAUAGCGGUGGGCAGGACCCAACGAUGUAAUGUCGGGAAAGCACUUUAUAGCCCCGAAAGCCCCAUAAAACUGAGCCAUCCAGUUUCUGGCUCAGCUCUUGGCCCAUGGCUGGAGGAUAAACAACAAAUGUUCAGAGCACAAACAGUCAGAAGACGAGUUCACAAUGACAGGCCGGUGCGCCUCCCGGCUCCAAAUAAAAUCGAGCUUGAGCCCAAGCCCCCCCCUUGUUUUGGUUUUGCUUCUGAGAAACCCCCACUUCACUCAUUUCUGCCUAAUCGAGGCUGGGUCGCAUUCACGGGGAUCUACACACAUGGAGCAGUAGGAAGAUCCCCACCCAGGGACCAAGUUCAAAUGCCCCCUUGGGACUUCCCACCAUGGGACCCCAGACCCGCUGCUCAGUCCGUCAGGGCCGCCAUAUUCUUAGCUGUUGAGCGAGGCAGUGGAAAGUAGACUUGGCUUGUAGCUGGGAGGCUGGGAGCCACUCUGGGUUUAGAAUAUUACUCAGAAAGUAACUGCACCAACCUGUGCCUCGGUUCCCUCGCUGGGAAAUUGAAUGGGUGGAUCCCAUUGAUCUGAGGGGCUUCCAGCUUAAUUACAGGAUAUCUCGUCAGGAAGUGGGGAGCUCCUGCUCAAGAGCCCGCCCCUGGGCCCGACUGGACUCGCCUCAGGCCGCCGGCCGCCUCCCACCCCAGUGCAAUGGAAGCCAAUGGGAAGAAAGGGCUCUGGGUUAUUAUCCUGUGAAUGGCUGUGAAUGCCGAUGGAGAGAUGGGAAGACUAUGUCUGGGUCGCAGAAGGGACGGGCCCCUUUAAGGCAAGAGUUCCCAAGGAGUCCCUAAAUAAAUUUCAGACGGCCCAUGAUUUGGGUCCAACACAAAGCUCACCUUUAUUUGCACUGCCCUUGGAUUCCCUUAAAAACCCCCACACUUUAUAAGCUGUUGGGGGAAGAAGGGUUCCCAGCAGCCUGACUGUCCAGGGGCCACAACAUGAGGAAGGAUCGGGAGCCCUACUUGGACUCUGGGUUGGGUCAGGGGGACGCAUCUUGGGAUGUCCCAUAGUUCCUCUGGGCUCGGCUAAAGCUUUCCCACAAUCGCCUUUCUCCGUUGGAAAAUAGGAAAAGUGUGGGUCCCGCCAGCAGGAGAGACCAGGGUUCGAGCCUUGUUCCUGACACUUGCUGGACUAUGAGCGGUCACUUAGCCUUUCAGAACCUCAGUCUUCUCAUCUCCUAAAUAGGAAUCAUCAGACCUAAAGGUAUAAAUACCAGCAAGUCUAUGUCCACCCCCAACUUUUGUACUAAUGGCAACGUCUAAGCAGAAGCUGGUGAGUCUCCUCAUGAAAAUCUGCCCCCAGCCUGGGCCCUGGAUCCCCUCGAGAGGCUCUGAAGAGUCAGCACUUCCCCAGCAGCAGCAGCAGCCCUUCCCCUUACACACUCACACACACAUACACUCACACAC